AUGGACUCUUGUUGUUUUUGUUUAGGUGAUGAUACUGAGAUUCCACCUUUUGGUUCUAUAUCAGAUGCUAAAGCUUUAAUAAAACCUUGUACUACUUGUUCAUUACUUUGUCAUAAAAAAUGUUUAUUAGAUUGGUUUAAUACAAUACCUUCAGAUAAAUUAAAAAUUAUAAAUGGUGUAAGACAAGCUGAAUAUAUUGGUGUUGGUGCUCCUCCAAUUAAUCAAACUAUUGAAAUAAAUUUAUCGCCUCAAAUUAUUCAGCAAUGGCUUAAUAAUUUAGUUGAAGAAAAUCCAGUAAAUAUAAAAUCUGAUAGAAUUUAUAUAUUUGCUCCAUGUCCACAAUGUAAAAAACAAAUUGUAUUUAAAAUGGAUAAAAAUCUGGUUUUAACUAUAUAUUCUUCAGGGAAAACUAUAAUUACAAGAAUUGUACAAUAUGGUGGUGUAUUUUUAGGUUUAACUUCUGCAUUAACUGGUAUUUUAUCGAUGGGUUAUAUUGGUUUAACCACAGCAGGUUUAAAAAUUAUGGAUUGUAUUAUACCAAAUUCUUUGUUAAUCAAAUUACUUACCAAAAAAUCAAAUUUGAUAUUUAAUAUUUAUUCAAUUGAUAAUUUAGAACAAGCAUUGAUGAAAGGAUUAGUUGAUCCUUUAAAAUUUUCAAGAAUUCCAAUAUUACCCAUAGUUAUGUUUAGGUUAAGAAGUUCAUCUAUUUUUAGAUGUUUCUUUCCAGAGAAGGAAGAUAAUAGUAUACAGAAUUGGAUUAAUGAGUUGAUGAUAUCUGGUUAUAUCUCAUCAUUUAGUGAUCAUAAAUUAAUAAGGGAACUAAUGAGGGGUAGAUUAAGUUUGGAUACCAGUAAUUUAAUAUCAACAUUGAUACCAUUGAGAUGGAUUUAUGAUUUGAUAUAUAGACUUACAUUUAAUAGAGUUUAUUUUAAUUACACAAUGAAGGUUAGACCAAGAGCAAUUGCAAAUAGUUUAUCAGAAGAUGAAAUUUUAAAAUUGGAAAAUUUAAAUAAUGAAAUUGAACAAACUAAAUCAUGGAAAUUAAAAUUAAUACAGAAUUUAAAAUAUACUUUAAUAUGUCUCAAAAAUGAUUAUUCAAUGACAAUAUCAUAUGGAUCAACAAUUAUAAAAUGUUUCACAACUUUAUGUUGGCCAUAUAUUUCAUCAAAAGUUGGUUUAUUAAUAAUUCCGUUACUUAAAAACCUUCCAAAGGACAAAAAGAUUUUAGUUGCUAAUAUAAUUGGAUUAUUUCUUGUGGCUAUAGUUAAAGAAUUUUUCAAUUUAUAUUUAACUAAAUUAAAAGUUUCACAAAUGUCACAAUUAUCUACAUUAACAGAUGAAGAAUUAACUAUAUUUAAACAAGUUACAGAAAAUUUAGAAGAAAUAGUUCCGGAAGUCGAAUUCCCAGGUGCAUAUCCUUAA